AUGGAGUCCAAGAUUCUGGAUUGGGACCCACGACGCUCGAGGAUUGUAGGUGCCCUUGGAUACACGCCCGAAAAUACAUUGGAGGAUGGAUGGAACACUGAUGACGAUCUGGGAGGACUGUCAGCAGCUAUAGAUAAUUGUAAAAUUGUACAUUCAAGCGGGACUCAUGUCCAGACAACUAAAGGACGACGAGGCCGGCCUAAAAAGCGAGUGGUGCAGCGCCGUACCAAGCAGAUGCCAGGCGUUGCGAGUACUCAGGAUGGCAGCUCAGCUAUCCAGAAUGCGCUUGGAAAGUGUACCAUUCGUGCUACCACAAGUCCGGUGCCUGACCAUUUCCCUGCACGAGCGGAUGUGGUGUACUGCGUUCCCACUGAUGAAACGAUAAGCACUACAUGCGAUGGUCUUCAAGAGCACGAGGUGCAUGAGGAUCAGGAGGAGGAGGAGGAGGAUGUGGUUAAUAUAGUACAGGAAAUUCUGAACUCUGGUAUCAUGGAUUGGAAUCCGCAGGAAUCAUGGACCGCAAAGCAGAACACGGAUCAUCGGCAACAUAUUGAUCCACAGUGCGAGGAACAGUCCACAGCGAUAGAAAGUUGCAGAAUAGCCGAGAGGGAGAAUGAUACACAACAGAACAAGCCACGUCGGGCACGCGGACGACCUAACAAGACGGGAAUUCCAUGUCGCAGCACGCACAAGGCCCUAACUUUCACUGAUAAUAGCAGUGUCAGACACGUCAUUCGUGCGACGAGUAAUCCAUGCCAGCAGGAAGCUCCCAACAAUCUUGAUGGGAUAUAUGAUGGCGUUGGUAUCAACACUGUCCCCCCUGUCGAUGCAUGCGAAGCGGACAGCCAACCAACAGCAGCUGAAUUCCAGAGUCUCAAUAUCAAUGGGACAGCGAUGAAGAGCAGGAAAGUCGGGGAACAACCGUCCACACGACGUGGUCGUGGACGUCCCAAAAAAUAUGCUACACAUAAAGAAGUGAAUGCGUCCAGGACACAUGUGACUCAUGAAGCGUCUUCAAACAUUGUCGAACUACAAACCGAGGAUGAUGACCACAAUCAGCGGGCGCAAUGGAGAUCACAGUCUAUCGGAGGAGCCGUUGAUCACGACUAUAGACCCACCCCCCCACCGGAAGACGACUUCAGGGCACACUCGCUUGAAGCGCCUGCGCCUACAUUGGCUGCACUUACCGAGCAGGAAAUCGCCUCUCGUUCAAUGGCGCAGCCGGGUGUCUGGCUGUCUGUGCUGCAUAGCUGGACGACCCUUGGAUUAAACGAGUGGCUCGAAGCAGCAGUCGCAAAUUUUUACUUGUCUCAUGUGUGGUAUGAGAUGCUGGGCAGAACACACAUGAGAUAUGUGGACUGGAAUGCAGCGACAGCGAAUAACAUCGAGGAUGAAGAACUGGAGCACUUCCGGCGGAACCAUUUUGUGCCCCAUGACGGCACAUGUGCCAUGGCCCCUGUCGGAUUCAUAGUGCAUCAUUCCAACCAUUUCUUCGUGGUCAUAUUCGAUUAUGAGCGACGCAUGGCGCACGUCUUGGGUCGCCAUAUUUCUGCGGAUUCAAUGGAUGUAGACGGAGAGGAUCCACAUGACUGGAACGAUUGGAGAGGUCCGGAAUAUUGGAGGAAAAUCGGAGCCCUUCAUGGAUGGAGCACAGGAGAUGUCUCAGACGUGUCCAUCAACCCAAUGGACUGGGAGCAAAAUGGAGUCGACUGUGGUCCCAUCGCUUGCUCCAUGAGCAGGGAAACAUUACCGGACUUUGAGAUCCAAUGCGGUCACAAACUGCGGAUUCACAUGCUGCGUGUCAUUGCUGCGCAUACAGCCCACGAGAUGAUUGGAAAGACGACGAGCUACCCGACGAGGACAUCAUCAAUUCGAUCCAGAAUGGGCGAUACCAGGCCUGAUUGCCUCAAGCUCCUGCGGAGGCUCAUUGUUGUGAGCGCCACCUGCUCCUUGUGUCAACGCCCCAUCGUCCAUCAAGAUGGAGAGCAUGCCUCGCACAGUGGCGAGAAUGGAGAUGGCACCAAUGCAGACCCAGAUGGUCCAGAUGGAUUGAGCGAGGACGAUGACACCACGAAUGUGGUACAUGCGAUGGGCAAGGCGCACCUUGACAAGCUGUUCAAAGCAAGCAAACACCUCGCUGGAUCUCGGAAUCGCAAUUCAAUAGUCCCUCGUGCCAUUGGAACACACCUUCAACUCGAGCCAGAAUUACCAUCGGUCGUCCAUGAUACCGAGGACUCUCAACGCACUGUAGCUGCCACAACAUCUCGGAGACGAGUGAAAAGCUGGUAUCUUGGAAGCAACAGACGAUUUCCACGUCCAACCGCACCAAUUCCAUUGGCUGCAUAUGGAGGUAGGAGAUGGCUGCCAGACGACCAUGGAUUCGAUGAAUAUGAGGGCGGACCCACCAUUGAGAUGAUGAUGACUCCCAGGGAUAUCGAUACGACGAUGACAUUCCGUGCUGGAGGGAUGCAGAUCUCCACUGCUUGGUUAGACUGGGUCGAUUGCGGCUAUCGCAUCACACCAAGUUCAUUCCACAUUUUCUAUCAAUGCGACCCCACUGCAACCAUGGACCAUAUCAUGCCUAUCGGCACGACAGACUCCCAUGAUCCUUCGGACCAAGUUCCGGAUCGUGUGACAGGUGCAUACAGCCUGAAGCGACGGGGAACUGAUCAUGAAGAACAGCGCACAUACGUCAAUGAUGUAGAAAUACUCUCCGCAUCUGAGCUCGUCGAAUCUGCCCAAUACGAUCCCCCACUGCAGGACGAAUGCAGGUUCGGACACAAUGCCUUUGUGCGGGGCUGCACCAGUCAUCGGUAUGGCGAUGGUCCUGCCUUAUAUGUUGAUCUCGAACGAGAUGCUGUUUCACUCUCAGAAGACGAGAUAGAGAUCUCGGUGGACAUAGACAGCAUCAUAUGGACAACAAAGGUGUUCCGAUGCAAAGGGUCUGUUGGUGUUUACAUCGUUCCGCCUUUCCAAACGAAACCAGGCAUAUACAAGCACAAUCACACCUAUGUAGAGAUCACCAUACCGCAGUCGGAAGAGGAUGCAAAUUCACCCGGUGGGAGGACUGAAUGGCUGUCCAAACGAUUUCCCAUGUCUGCAAUCCCUCACGUCUGCAUGGGGCGCAUAUCAUCAGCAUCAUCGACACUCAAUCUAUACAUCGCGUUCCCAAGGAUGAUUCAUCAGCACCCAACGAACGGUCGGAGAAUCACUCUGAUGCCAAAGGAGGUCUUGGACAUAUUCUGGGAUAGGGUACUGCUUCCAUCGAUUGGACAGUGCACCGACGUCAGCUGGGAGCCAUACCUGAAACACACAUUGGAGGAAGCACGUUACAAGGCCAGAGGUGCGGACGGGAGAAGGGGCGGAUGGGGACCUCCUAAGACCAUACCCCUUUCAGACGAUGACUUUUGUGACGUGCAGAAACGUAUGGAAGCUCGCAUACGUGAUGGAGGACCCGAGCUCAGCAUGUAUGGGUCGUUUUUCUUUAUUCUGGAAGGAAAGGGAAUAAAGCUGCUCACGAAGGAUGGCCAGAGGGGGCGUUUCUCAGGACCAGAAGAGGCCCUGCGUCGCAACCUACCUGACCUUGACUGGAAAUAUAUGAUGAACAGGAGGCAUGGCGAACUGCUGGUAGAUGUGGGUGUCUCAUUCACGCCCCACUCUCCGAGUGUCCCACUCGUAGGGGUAUGGCGCUUAGACGCACUGGAAGCAUCAUUUGGAGCGGGAGGCUACAAAAGAGGGGAGAUACAUCAUCACAACACACUAUCUAGAUAUGGGGCGCUGCAGGCCGAGAUGCAACAGGAGAGAUCCCAGCAGACGCACAUCGCAUUCAGGAGCACCUACAACCUAUACUAUGAGUCGAUUCGAACGAACAGCAACCAAGCGAAUUUCGCAUCCGACAGCGACGCCUAUAAACUGUCCCCAUCAUAUAUGGCUGAAUGCACCGAAAUCGCCAAGGUCGUCGAGGGUUGCAAGGAGAAAACAUAUGGUGUCAGGGAUGAGUAUAGGGUGAGCGGACAUGCAGCCAGAAUCAUCCUGGAAAAUGUGGAAGAAAAGGCCAGAGAAUACCUGAAAUCAGAUCCAGUCCUGUGGAUUCCAUCCAAGAUCUGGUUCGAGCUUCUGAGGAGACGGGUGCGGGAGAUUCAGAGGACCCAGAUAUCCAUUGUCAGAAAGAAUCCGCCGAAUCUUGGCGUUCUCACUGGAGUGCUCAACCACAUGCUUCGCUCUACAACAUCAACUCCUAUCAUCUACGACUCUCAUGUCCGCGAAUCUCUUGCCCUACUCGAGUACAGAAACAUCCUCGAAACUGCAGGAAUGUUUUUCUUACACGACUUCGACAUCAAUAGCGACACCUGCCUGACUGAGGUGCAGCAAAUCGAUGACGUGCAUGUACUGGCCCUCAUGGGAGUCAAUGCAAAGGCUCAAAGGGACCGGGCAGUGAGCAGAACUAAUGUAUGGCAAAGCACCGAGUCUGAACUGGAGGACUAUCCUCUUGGUCCGCACACCAACAUGGACUCGACUCAAGGCAGCCAUGUCAAACUCGCCUGCAAUGAUCAUGAGACCCUGGGUGUGGUCACCCAGAUUGUCCAACACUCAACUCUCCGUCGGACGUUCGGUGGUCAUGGCAUCAGACCUCACCCAAACUCGCUUCAAGAGGCCAUGAAGUGCUGGACAAUCACCAGCAUCGAUGACACUCUCGCUGCAGUCGCAUUUGAAGCAUGCAAUGCCGGGCUGAAUGAUAGUACGGGCGUCACUCCUGGUCGCAUGGGUCCGAAGUCGAGGCCCUUCCUUGACAGGUGCACUCUGUUCUUUCCCGACCCUGAUGCCGCCCAUAAGGACAAUACUCAGUGGUCUGGGCUUUGGGAGGGCGAUGGAUACAUUGCAGAAUUUCACAGGACGAUGAAGGCGAUGGAUGAGGAUCAGCAACAGUUGCUGAAACAGGGAUUACGUGAGCGGAGCAAGAGUGUGGACGCAAAAGAACGAAGCAAUCGUGUUCACGACCAAUCCCAUAUUCUACAAGAUCGACUGUAUUGGAAAGGGGAGGCGAGAGUCCAGAAGAGGGCCCCAAAAGCGCGACGAACGAUGAAGCUGAUCAAGGGUAAACGCAUAUUUGCAGCUGACCUCAUGGACUCUCAACCCUUCGACACUGAUGGCAAUCUGCGGAGAAAGACAGAGAGACAGAAGCGGCGGGAACUUCAGAAGCAAAUGACCAUGGCCAAGAAAAACAAGAGAGUCCCCCCUCCCCCACGUCCACGGAGACCAUUUCCCAUCACCCAACUAGAAGAUAUUGUGGAAUGA